GUUUGGGACACUGACCUCUCUUUUAUACUACUGCUGUUGCAUCUGAUCCCACCUUCUGCCCAAGGCCGAAAGAGACCAGGAAAGGUGUCUGCUUCUCAAGCAGAGAAACAUCUUGUUGUCUUCAAGAAGAGUGGAACAAACAUUGAGGAGCAUCUUCGAAACAUCACUGCUAGUGCUCAGCCCUAUCUCCUGGCUGUGGGACCUCAGAAGAAAUCAGUUCACCAGUACUUCAUCAUCCUCGAUCAGCAUGCCAUUCCAUGCAAUUCAACCUCUUCUCUUGGUGCCUUUGACGAACUGUUUAAGGCACACUUUGUUUUUGGUACCUCCUACAACACUAUGCUACACAACAUGUACACUUUCAUUCAGACCACUGUGUACAACAUAGAUGUUGGGAAAGUGAAAGAGAGUCCUUGUGUUGCUGAGGUCAGAGCAAGGCUGCUUAGCUAGGUCCCUUACGUUUUUCCUGCCCCCAUGAAGUGUUUUGUUUGUCAAGCUGAUUCAAAUGGUUCAAAAAUGCUUCUUAGGCACCUCAGAUUAGUUCAUGGUUUUGUUCCUGGGAAGAAUCUUCGCCUUAAAUGCAUAGAAGCAGGUUGUGGUUCUGUGUUCGGUACUUUUUCAGGUUUUAGGAAACAUCUGCACACAAAACAUGCUGAGCAAAGUGACGGUGAGCAUAAUUUUGACACCACUGAUAGCCAUGAGACUGCCAAGGCAGAUGGACCAAGUAAUUCUGAAGUAUUUGAUCAGAUUGGCAGUGCCGGAGAGGUGGCUACAACAUCUGUAUUGUUAACGUCAAAUAAGAGCACUUUCAAUAUGUGUGCGUCUGCUGUUGCACAACUAAAAGUUGCUGGAUUAAGUCAAUCUGCUAUAAAUGGUUUUGUUUCAUCUAUGGAGGAAAUGGUUUCUGAGAUUCAUAGUCAGGCCCAGGAUGCAGCCUUGCUCUGCCUGCCUUCACAGGACACUGCUACUAAAAGAAAGCUAGAACAUUCAUUUCAAAACUUGGAAAAUCCAUUUACUUUGCUAAAUUCUGAAGCCAAGCGAAAGAGACUCUUUAUGGAAAAGUGGGGAAUUAUUGAACCAAGCGAAAUCGUGCUUGGCACAAGAUUUGACAGCAGGAGAAAUAAAACCACAGGAACAUUUGAUCAGGUUGUUGUAACUGAUAAAUUUGCUUAUAUUCCCAUUUUCGAAACAUUGAAGGCAAUUUUACAAAAUCCGCAACUUACUGAUUUGUUUAAACCCAGGCAUGUUCCAAAAGAAGGCAUUUAUGUUGACUUAAGUGAUGCAGCAUAUUUUAAAAGUAAUCCUUUAUUUUAUGCAGAAAAGGAUGCCUUACAAAUUCAGCUAUUUUAUGAUGAUUUUGAGACCGCUAAUCCUUUGGGAUCCAAAAGGGGCAUACACAAAUUAGGUGCUAUCUAUUUUACAUUAAGAAAUUUCCCCCCAGUUUUUAACUCCUCAUUGGUGAAUAUUCAUUUAUGUGCCCUCUUUCAUGCACACAGGAUAUUAGGCGCUAUGGUUUUAAUUCUAUACUUGAGCCUCUAGUUAAUGAUUUGAAAGUACUUGAGAUUGAGGGGGUUAAGAAUCCAGUAACUGGAAGUUGUAUCAGGGGUACUAUUGUUCAAGUCACUGGAGAUAAUCUGGGCUUGCACGGCUUGUUUGGGUUUCUCGAGUCAUUUGGGGCUCGAUAUUGCUGUCGUUUCUGUCUUCUUGAGAAAGAUCGCUUUCAGUCUGUGUUCUGUGAAGAUAAUCCUGAGGUUGUACUAAGAACAUCUGAGAUGCAUGCUCUGCACUGUGAAACUUUACAAACUAAUUCUACACUACCCCAUGUUUAUGGUGUCAAACGGACAUGUUUGUUAAAUUCACUCAAGUAUUUCAACACAGCCAACAAUUUCGCAGUGGAUAUAAUGCACGACAUUCUAGAAGGAGUUGCUCAGCUAGAAGUAAAACUUGUUCUGCAGUACAUUCAGUGUAAUUUUCUGAGCGCUGAUGAUAUUGCUGGUAGAGUACAUGCUUUUGACUAUGGUUACAAUCAGCAGAGGAACCGUCCUCCAGUGGUCAAAUUGUUUGAUGGAAGCAACAAUUUGGGUUUAAAUGCAAUACAAUCUUGGUGCUUGUUGCGCAAUAUGCCCCUAUUAUUUGGUGAUUUAGUCCAAAGAGAUGAUCAACACUGGCAUCUUUUGCUUUUACUUUUGCAGAUAGUCAACAUUGUAUUUUCACCAGUCCUAACAGAAGGCAUGACCAUUUAUCUUAAAUUUUUAAUAAUUGAACAUCACCAGCUAUUCAAAAAAUUAUUUCCUGAAAGAAAUCUUUUGCCAAAGCAUCAUAUAAUGAUACAUUACCCACAGUGUAUAAGAAAAAUUGGACCAAUUCUUCACACGUGGUGUAUGCGUUAUGAAGCUAAACACAAAUUUUUUAAAACGCAAUUAAAAAGUUUCAAAAACAUCACCAAAACACUAGCCAAAAAGCACCAAUUUUGUAUUGCGACGUACUGGGAGUCUUUUAGCCAGUACAGAUUGUCUCUUGGCCCAGGAAAAAUGUUAGAACUCUCUGAACUUAAAUGUGGCCAAGAGAUCGCUUCCAAACUAGGAGUGGUAAUGUCAGAAGCUGUCUAUUCUGUAAAGUGGAUCAAACACCACGGCACUGAGUAUCGCCCGGACUUUAUUAUCUGUACAGAAGUAGCAUGUGAGAUGCCAGUGUUUUGUAAGAUCAAGACCAUUGCUGUGAAAGACGAAAAUGUGUUGUUGUGUGGAACACUGAUGGAAACUAUAUGUUUUGAUGACCAUUACCAUGCAUUUACAGUCAGACUGCAUCCAGACAGAGUUUUUAAGGUAGUGAAUGUUAAUGAGCUGUGUUCUUUCAAACCAUUUGAUCUUCAGAUGAAAUAUGGUACAACAGAUUCUGCACUGCAUGUAGUGCCGUAUUGCCAUUUAAUGCAGAUGUGAUGUAUUUUUGUUAAUGUAUGAGUGUUUCCUGAGCCUGAAUGUUGUUUUAAUAAAUGUUUUAAAUGUGA